AUGGAUUCUACAACUGAAAUUGAAUACAAGAAUAUUCUCUCUUCCAUAGGACAAAAGCCCUUAGCUGAUUGGGAUGUCAAUGUAGAAAAUGGUUACAUUAAACGCUUAACAGAUCAAGAUAUUCGAACUUCAGUUCUCGAAAUAACUGGUGCAAAUGCUCAAAGAAACUGGAUUACAAUGCCACGUGAACAAAAUGAUAAAUUAGGUAUAAAUCUUCCUAUAAUAUCUCUUGUAGUUAAAUAUCUCGAAAAAUUUUUCUACAUAGACAUUUUAGUUAUGGAUGACACAAAAACAAAACGUCUCUUUAAGAUUUCAAAUACAGAUAUGAAAGCCCACGUUCAACAGACAUUUACAAAAAUUCCAAUGAAAUUAGUUCCAGGAUGGAAUAACGUUACUUUUGAUAUAGCCGAUUUUGUAAGAAGUGCUUAUGGUACUAACUACGUUGAAACAUUAAGGAUUACAAUAUAUGCUAAUUGUAGAAUUCGUCGCGUUUAUUUCAGUAAUAAGGUCUUAAACGAAGAUGACAUUCCAUCACAAUUCAGAAUACUUCCUACUCAAGCAUUAGACAAAACAGAAGUUGAACCAGAACAAGAGCCAGAAGCUGAAAAAUAA